AUGAGUACCCAACCGAAUGCGAAAGAGUCAAUGAAAUCCACAUGGCGUGGAUGGGAUCGAAGCCAGUGGAAAUUACCCCAUAAAAUCUUCGAAAGCGCAAACGUCUAUCAUAUCGACCUAGACCGAGAAGUCCCGGUUCACUCGAAGCAAGACAAAGUGCCCUAUGUUUCCGACUGGUCGAUGAACAUUUGGGUCAUCGUCCAUGCAGGCAUUCCACUACUCCUUCAUCAACUAUAUGUGUACCUCGCGGGGCAAAACUUCGGACCUAUAGUCGCUUUCGGUUUCUAUUACUAUGCCUCUCGAAUAUUCACGACUCGUGAGCUGCGCAACAUGCGAGAGCUUGCACACAAACAUGGAUUCCUGGAUGGCGAUAAGCAUGAGCGAGACGGUGUGCCCGACGAGGGCGUUUCUAAGGCCUUGACAUCAGUCAUGCUUGCGGGCUUCGUGCGCCCAUUGAUGACUGUUUAUUUCACCUACCAGACGAGCAAGGCACCGAUAUCAUUAAGCUGGAAAUCGCUUCCUCUGGAGGUCAGCUUAUAUGGCAUCGUUCUUGAUUUUUGGUUCUACUGGUACCAUCGUAUCAUGCACGACGUUAAUGGAUUGUGGAAGUAUCACCGCACACACCACCUGACGAAGCAUCCCAAUCCUCUGCUCACGAUCUAUGCCGACUCGGAGCAAGAAUUCUUCGAUAUUGCGGGGAUUCCUAUCAUGACUUAUCUGACGAUGAAGUUUCUGGGAUUCCCGAUGGGCUUCUACGAAUGGCACAUUUGUCAACUCUAUGUUAUGUUUGCGGAGUUGGCAGGGCACAGUGGUCUCCGUCUUCAUGCGUCGCCUCCAAACCCUCUCACUUGGCUGAUGAGAAUUUUCAACGCCGAACUCGUCAUUGAAGAUCAUGACCUUCACCAUCGCAAGGGUUGGCGGAAGAGCCAUAAUUAUGGCAAGCAAACACGUGUCUGGGAUCGGGUAUUCGGCACCUGCAGUGAUCGAAUCGAGAGCGUGGACGAGAAUGUUGACUACGAAAAUACUCUUUGGAUGUCACUCCUUUAG